UUAUUUUGAAAAUAUCUAACAGAAAUAUUUUUACAAAUUUAAUUACCAAACUGCUCAACCGUCUACACCAAACGUAGGGAUAGUUUUGUAAAAAUUACAUAUCUAACGAUCUAUUGUAACCUCCGGCGUUGCUCCCUGUUUCUCACUCAUCUAUUCAACUCAGCUCCGACGAACUUCGCCGCCACCGACUUUCCGCCGGUUUACUUCUCCUCUUUGUCUUUCAGGAGAGCCUUGGCAUAACAUGUAAAGUUGCUAUCAUGUGACCAGAAUGUCACGAGUUCGAGUCGCAGAAAUAGCCUUUUGCAGAAAUACGAGGUCAAGGUUGACAUUUAACUGGGACGAGCAAUAAUAGGCUAAAUGGUCAUUAGCUCAGAUCAGCUUUUCAGGUUAUAGUCAAUCAGUGUUAUAGCCAGUGCCAGACAAAGUGAUGCCUGCUAUGAAGUGAAAGAUCCUUGCAUAUAAUGUUGGCCUGAGAUGCACCCAAGGGUGUGGCCUGGUGGUUAAUGAAGUGGUAGGAAAACCAUAAGAUCUCGAGUUCAAAUCCUAGUGGAGGCAAAAAACUUGGGACUGCUAUUCAUGGUGGGAUUGGGCACGUAUUCAGCAAGCUAAUAAAGGAGAUUGGUGAUCCUGUUGACUUUGAACUUCCAGAAUGGUUAAAUAAAUGGCAGUCAAUGCCCUAUACCUUUAUUAAGCGCAAUAUAUACCUCACUAAGAAGGUAAAGCGACGUUUGGAAGAUGAUGGUAUAUUUUGUUCCUGCAGCUCAAUGGCAGAAAAUUCUGCUGUGUGUGGCAGGGAUUGUCUCUGUGGUAUAAUGUUGUCUAGCUGCUCCUCGGGUUGUAAAUGUGGGAGUUCUUGUCUGAAUAAGCCAUUCCAUCAACGCCCUGUGAAGAAGAUGAAAUUAGUGAAGACUGAGAAAUGUGGCUCUGGAAUUGUGGCAGAUGAAGAUAUCAAUCGAGGAGACUUUGUUAUAGAGUAUGUUGGAGAAGUUAUUGAUGACAAAACAUGUGAAGAGAGGCUUUGGAAAAUGAAACAUAGUGGGGAAACUAACUUCUACUUGUGUGAAAUCAAUCGGGAUAUGGUGAUUGAUGCCACUUACAAGGGCAACAAAUCCAGAUACAUUAAUCAUAGUUGUUGUCCAAAUACUGAGAUGCAGAAAUGGAUGAUUGAUGGUGAAACAAGAAUUGGCAUAUUUGCGACACGAAACAUUAAAAGGGGCGAGCAUCUGACCUAUGAUUACCAAUUUGUUCAGUUUGGUGCAGAUCAAGAUUGCCACUGUGGUGCUGUAAGAUGUAGGCGAAAGCUGGGCGUUAAACCUAACAAGCCAAAACUCCCUGCUUCAGAUGCUGCAUUAAAGAUAGUGGCAUGUCAGGUGGCUGCCACCUCUCCCAAAUUGAAAGCACUUCUAUCUACACGUCAUGUUUAUCAAACUGGAGUUCCUCCAAUAGGAUGUUCAGGUUAUGAUUCUGACAUAAAACUAAAGCGACCUCGUAAUUGCAUUGGCCAGGUUAUACGAAUUAUCCGCUCCUCUGACACAAGGUCCUUUGGAAUUGUAAGGCGGUUUGAUGCCAUCACCAAAAAACAUUUAAUCAUGUUUGAAGAUGGCUGUGUUCAGUACCUUGACCUGUCAAAAGAAGAUUGGGAAUUCUGCAACUUUCUUGAGUAAUCAGGUAUUAGCAGUCAGGAUAAGGAAAUGCACAAGAUUCAACCUCUUUAAGGAUAGAGGAUAUGACAUUGUGUCCAGAUCCAGAACAUUGAAUGGCUAUGUUGUACCAAAUGUACAAGUUUCAUUUACAUGUAGCUUUUUAGUAAUAAAGCUGCAAUUUCUGAUCGAUUUUUUUUCCAAUGUAAGCAUUAAAUCAAAGAUAGGAAACAUUCAUUACAAUGUAGCAUAGCAAAUGCACCUAUAGUUGACCUUUGAUCAUAAACAAUUCUUGAUGUUGUCUCACUAAUCAUGUUUCUUUGUCAAUAUCAAAUGGUUUUGUAAUUGGCUUGAUCACUAUAGGGAAACCUUUGUUCCUCCAAGCCAGAGUUGAUGGUGAUGAUGCAUGGUUUAGUAGGUAAAUGGGGUCAAAUGAGAAGAGAACCAUGAUUUUCAAAGUUUUCACCUGCUUUAUUGAUCAUUGGGUAUA